GUAAAAAAUUAAAGAACCAGGUUCUCUAACCAAUGAAUAGCCUCCGUUCUCGGUGCAUCCUUUCAAGCCGCCAUUUUACCCCACCCAGCGCGGAUACGGGGACUAUAGUUUUAUUAUUAUAUUUAUACUAAAUAUAUUUAUAGAUACAUAAAUAUUUAUAUUUCGGUUAAUUCGCGAGUGUCUUAGACGGGCUGAAAUGCGGCUCACCAUGCGGCAUCAUCCUGAGCGGUUUUGGAGAGGAUAAUCGCUUACUUGCAUAACAUUGGCAUGUGUUUUUUGGGCGAGACCGGGCAAAAUUUUGCAUCGACCUAGGGCUGACCAAAAACGAGGUGGGUUCAACAGGGAACCCGCCGUUGGACCAAACUGCGUUCAAGCUGGAACUGAUGGAACUAGAGAAUAUUGUCGCCAACACGGUUUACCUGAAGGCCAGAGAAGGCGGCCCAGACUCAAACAAGGGCAAGAGCAAGAAAUGGAAGAAGAUACUCCAAUUCCCCCAUAUCUCACAAUGCGUCUACCUCAGGGACCAAAUUGAGAUCUCGUACGGGUAUGUAGUAGAGCAGCAACCGAUCGGGCGGCUUCUGUUCCGGCAGUUCUGCCAGACACAGGCCCAGUACUGCCGCUGCAACAACUUUCUCGAUGCCGUGGAGGUGUAUGAGCUUCAACUGGAUGAGGAUCGAGCAGGGGCGGCACGGGAUGUCUGGGCCAGAUUUCUGGGGGACGAGUCAACACAGUUUGUUGAUGUAGUCAAUGAGGAGCUGGUUGCUCGCUGCAAGCAAGGGCUCCCAGAGGCUUUCAAAGACCUCUUUGCCGAGUGCACCCGAGCUGUCAAGGACUUCCUUGCGGGAGAUCCAUUCCGACAGUUUGAGGCCAGCAUGUACUUUGACCGGUACUUGCAGUGGAAAUGGCUGGAAAGCCGACCCGUGACAGCCAAGACUUUCCGCAUGUACAGAGUGCUUGGUAAGGGUGGCUUUGGCGAGGUAUGCGCCUGCCAAGUACGAGCCACCGGGAAGAUGUACGCCUGUAAAAAGCUAGAGAAGAAACGCAUCAAGAAACGUCGAGGCGAAACGAUGGUGCUCAUCGAGAAGCAGAUCCUGCAAAAAGUGAACUCCCGCUUUGUGGUGAGCCUGGCAUACGCGUAUGAAACGAAGGAUGCCCUCUGCCUGGUACUGACGAUUAUGAAUGGAGGUGACCUCAAGUUCCACAUGUACUCUAUGGGGGGAGAGCCCGGCUUUGAACCACACCGAGCACGUUUCUACGCGGCCGAAGUGACCCAGGGACUGGAGCACCUCCACGCUAAGGGUAUCGUCUACCGGGACCUCAAACCGGAGAACAUUCUUCUUGAUGACCACGGCCACGUGCGUAUCUCUGACCUGGGGCUGGCUGUUGAGGUGCCAGAAGACGACGAGGGCGUGCGCGGCCGCGUGGGCACCGUGGGUUACAUGGCCCCCGAAGUGAUUGAAAAUGAGCGGUACACCUUCAGCCCGGAUUGGUUCAGCCUCGGCUGCCUGCUGUACGAGAUGCUCGAAGGGCAAGCACCCUUCCGCGCCCGCAAGGAGAAGGUAAAGCGAGAGGAAGUCGAGCGGCGGGUCAGGGAGGAGCGGGAGCGUUACUCACCUCGCUUCAGCGAAGAAGCAAAGGACAUCUGCCAGCGUCUGCUGUCCAAGAACCCCAGCACGCGCCUCGGCUGCUGUUCGGCGCGCCGGGGAGCGGUGGAAGUGAAGCGUCACCCCUUCUUCAAGAGCAUCAAUUGGAAACGGCUCGAGGCAGGCAUGUUAGAACCUCCGUUUGUUCCCGACCCCCACGCCGUCUACGCCAAGGAUGUCCUCGACAUCGAGCAGUUCUCCACGGUGAAAGGGGUGAACCUCGAUGCGAGCGACGAUUCGUUUUACAGCAAGUUCAACAUGGGUUCAGUUUCCAUACCGUGGCAAAUGGAGAUGAUCGAGACGGAAUGCUUCAAGGAGCUGAAUGUGUUUGGGCCCGAAGGCGCACGGCCCCCGGACCUCUGCUGGGAGCAACUGCCCGCCGAGGAGCGGCGCGGCUGCUUUCCUUUCCGCCGGAAGCCCCGCCGCAGCUGAGCCCCGGGGGGGCCCGCCCCACUAUGCACGCGACGCUAGUCACGACAUUCCUAGUUCAGGCGACGUCUAUUUAUUUGCUGGGCCCCGUGUCGUGGGUAGUGGUGAACCCACCCCUGUGUGUGUGUGUGUGGUUGUCAGUGUCACCGUGCCAUUUUUCAUUUUUGUAAAUAUUGCCCCCCUCCCCCCUCAUAGUACGCGAGCCCCCUGGUGUCAAUAAAGAUGCGUCAUGCGAGGUGCCAACCCGUUGCGAGCGGUGUUCCGCCGCUGCUCGUCGCAAGUUGAUGUCGCCCCAUUCUGAGGCAGUAUUUUUAUUUUAUUUUUUUCAUAAAUUUUUGUUCCAAGAGGCUAUAAAUCGGGAGAAGGGGCUGUACGAGGGAAGGUUUUUUUUUUUUUUGCGUGGGCGAAAGGCGGCGCAAGGGUCAAGGGCGGGCAGACUCUCUUGACGGCGGCAAGGCGUACUGUUUGCACAAGAGCCAAUGAACAAGCACCCUCAUUAUUAACAGUGUGAUCCACGCACAAGACUUUGCAUGUGUGGCAGCACAGACGUUUUUAUUUCUUGCCAUUACGCCACACGUGACAUCUCCUUUUUCUUUGGUGCCUCCUCGAGGACGCGCACUUUUAAGGGAGUUCUUGAUACUCUCCAACAUGUUUACAUUUAAGUUGUCUCUCGUGGGUUUUACACUGAGGGUGUGUCCGAAGCGAAUAGCAUCCGUAGCGCGGGCAGGAAGCUGUCCUUAGGGAAAGUGCAAAUACUCGUGUCCAGGCGCACAGUGUUGUUAUACUGCAAAGUCUGUAUCACUUUGAUUUUGGAUUGGGGUCUGCCCAAGUGAUACUGUUCAUGUUCAUGCCAAAAAGGGGAGGGAUAGUAAGGGAACAGACAGGGGGUGGGGGGCAUUCGCGUUAACCUAGCGCACGAGAUCUACAAUAUCUCUCUCUCACACUAAAAAUGACCUUGUUCGCGUUCUCGUGGGCGAUCUCAACGAUGUGAUCAUUUUUCCAUAACGAAUGUAGUAUAUCUCCGAGCCUAUCAAACAUAUUGCGCUCUCGCUCAGCGCGACCCUCGCUCUGUAGCGAAGAACGGCAGAUUUUUUUUUUUUUGCCGACCGGAAACCGAAAGCGCACAUCUCACGUCGUCGAAAUACUCUGGAGCGAGACCGUGGGAGCCGCCUGCAUAGCAGACGCCUGCUGUCUGUCGCAACCCAUUGGACACACCCGAAGUACAUUCUCUCUGUAUGCUUGAGGUUUGUUGUGUGUGGUUUGAGGAAAGUGUGUGCCCUGUAAUAUAUACUGUGAUUGCGCAAAAUUUUUCUUCCCCCCCCCCUACCUCCCCCCGCCCUCCUUUCCUCUCCUAAGUUUCCCCCGAGUAGGAAUGUGUCACCUGAAGUGUGUCUCCAACGUUGGCCCAAGUCUUGCACACGUGUGGAACGUGCAACCCAGAGACUUGAAAACACAUCAAGCAUAAUUUGUGCAGAGACUCCGCGGCACAAGUUUCAAGCACCGUUCUAAACUCUGUGAAUUUUCCCGGGGGUUUUUGCAGGAGUUUGUGUGUGGGGGGAAAAAAAAAGUACUCUUGGAGUCACUUUGUGCAGAUAUCUGUGGCCAUGUUCACAACCUCAAUUAGGAAGGAAAAUUCGUACUGCCAAAAAUGUGAUGUUGCUCCCAUUGAAAAUACACAUUUCAAUUGCA